AUGGAGAGCUGCCGGGCGCUGGCGCUGUGCGCCGUGGCGGCCGCGCUGCUGCUGAGCGCCCGCGGACAGUGGCCCGAGCCGGGACGGGCGGGGGGCGCCGGCGGGCGGGCGCGGUCUGACGGCGGCUCUGUGGUCUCUCGGCAGAUCGAGGCGCUGCAGGAGGUGCUGGAGAAGCUCAAGAGCAAGAGGGGACCGCACUACGAGAAGAAGUUCGGGCAGGUGCCCAUGUGCGACGCCGGGGAGCAGUGCGCCGUGAGGAAGGGGGCUCGCAUCGGGAAGCUCUGCGACUGCCCCCGGGGGACGUCGUGCAAUUCCUUCCUCCUCAAGUGCCUGUAAGCUGAGGAGUCCCGGGACAAGCCGCCGCGGGGG